UUUUAGGGUAAGACAUUUUGACAGUCUACUUCUACAACUUAUAUUUUUAUAUUUCUUUUGCUUUCUCCUUAUUUUGUGUAUUAGAAUUAUUGAUUUAUUUAAUUAUGGUAAUAAAUUGUUAAAGGGAUUUGAGGUAAUGGCGAGCGACAUCGACAAAGGAAACUUUGGCGACAGCGCCCGUAACACAACGGUGUACGAUUUGAAAUCGAAAAACUCCAAUCAUAUUUUUGAUGGUGCUGGCGAAAAUAUACAAUACCAUAGUGAUUCGGAAUCCAUUGCUUCGAGGAAGAGUAAAACACGUUACAUAAACCCGGCUAUUUACAUUGAACCAGUGGAGUCUACUCAUUCUGUGACAUCUCUGCAGACGGACUCGUAUAUUUCUGAUAUAACCCCGCAUCCUCACAGUAGCUAUAGGAGUAACUCAACCCCGUUACUGAGCGGUCGAGAUUCCAGUUUUUCAUCUGGCAGUGUGAAAAGAAAGUCGUGUCGACUGACAGGUCCGGGGAACUUGCAAGACUUAGGUAAAGAAGAGGAAACACCGCGGUUUGAUCGCACCUACCGGGAAGAUGGACCCGAUACGUUUAGGUUAUCAGUGGCGUCCGUGUCCACCACGACCACGGCUAAGGAGGAACGGGAGCGAAACGAGAAGAAAAAACAGGAAGCGUUUAAGCAAUGGGUCGCAAGGAAAGACCAAGAGAAACGCGACAAGGCCAGACUUGAAAAGAUGAAAAGGCAAGCUGGGCCAACGACGUCACAAGAGCAACGUGAGGAGUCGUAUAGGAGGUGGUUAGAGCGAAAACGAACGCAGACGGAACGACAACGAGCCGAAGACAUCAUGCGGCAGUACCGUCAUAAUGAACAGCUAGAGCGAGAGAGAAACAAACGCGAGCGAGACAAGGAGGAAAAACUAGCCGAAUGGAUACGUAGGAAGGAGGAGGAGAUGAAACUAAUGAAAACUCGCGAAGAGCGCAGAGCGGCGCGGGCGUCUAUCGACGAGGAGCGUAGACGUGCGAAUGGCGAGCGAGCGUACAGGGACUGGCUUCGCACGAGCAAGAACAAGCCACUACCAGUGCCUCUCAAUCAAGGAGAACUUAGUAUGCGUGGUUCCGUGUCACAAAUGUAUAUAAAUCCCAUACCUUGGCAGUUCCCCACAUGAACAUCUAAGAAGAUAUUGUUGUAAUUAAUUGUAGGUACUUUUAAAAUUAACUGAUUAUGAUCGUUAUUAUUUGUGAGCACGUCAAAAUCAGAAUUUUGUGUGUAUACCAAACUGUUGUAAUGGUUGUUCUUAUUAUUUAGUAAUCAAUGUACUUCAUUUUAGAAUAAAUUUUCAAUUUUUAGAUUAACAUUUUGUUGUAGUCGCGUUGUUUACUUUAUCAGGGUUAUUGUUGAGAUGAAAUAUAACAGACAAGCUGAACGCUCGUUUAAAUAAAACAAGAUUGAUUU